CUGAAGCAACUCAUACAAUCUUUCCAGGUUUUUAUCAAGGUUUUAGCUUGGCAACAUCUAAAUGAACAUGUAAUAAUCGUAAAAGAAUCCGACAUACAAUGUGGAAGGCCUCUAUUAAAAACCUAUAGGAUCCUAUAGGAUUACUUUUGUGAGAAGAUGCUGGAGAUUCUUGGACCCAAACCCGAUUUGCCUGAGGCAAAUGCAGAUGACACAAAUACAGACGUGUCCAAUAGGAAGCUGGCGAAAUUAUACAAGGUGUCUAAUGCCAGUGGGGAUAUGGGCAUGGAUAUGGUAUCAUCGGAGAACCCGUUUUCACAGAAUUCCCUGGAGUCAAGUGACUGCUUUAUCUUGGACAAUGGCCCCAAUGGCAUGAUCUUUGUCUGGAAAGGUAAGGACGCUAACAAAGAGGAGAGAAGUGCGGUGAUGAGUGCUGCCGAACAGUUUAUCACAAAGAUGGGUUACCCGAAACACACCCAGGUCCAGAUCCUACCUGAGAAUGGGGAGACCCCUCUGUUCAAGCAGUUCUUCAAAAUCUGCCGUGAUGCGGACCAUACAGUGGGGUUGGGAACCGCCUACGUAUCCAACAAAAUCGSCAAGAUCAAGAAGGUGCMCUUCGAUGCCUCCACUCUCCAUCACUCGGACGCCAUGGCGGCUCAGCAUGGGAUGGUGGACGAGGGGAAUGGAGAGAAGCAGAUCUGGCGUAUUGAGGGCGCUGACAAGGUGCCUGUGGAGCCCUCCACUUAUGGACGAUUCUAUGGGGGAGAUAGCUACAUCAUCCUCUACAACUACCAGCAUGGAGGCCGUAACGGACAGGUCAUCUACAUAUGGCAAGGAGUGGAUUCUAGCCAGAUGAUUGGCGCCUCGGCCAUCUUGGCUGCUCAGCUGGAUGACGAGUUGGGAGGAGGGGCAGUACAGGUGCGGGUUAUCCAGGGUAAGGAGCCCGCCCACCUCAUGAGUCUUUUCAGGGGGCAGCCGAUGGUAGUGCACCAGGGUGGUACCUCCAGAGAGGGUGGCCAGGCCCAGGCUGCAGACACACAGCUGUUCCAGGUGCGGUCCAACCCUGCUGGCUGCACACGUGCCAUAGAGGUUGAUGCUGCUGCCUCAAAUCUGAACUCCAACGAURUCUUUGUGCUGGUGACCCCGGCACCCUCCUUCAUAUGGGUGGGAAAGGGGACAAUUGACAGUGAGAAACAUGGAGCUCAAAAGCUAAGUGACCUUCWAGGGGCCUCAGAGCUGGCCGAGGGUGAAGAAGCAGAUGACUUUUGGGAUGCUCUGGGAGGUAAAGCAGACUACCGUACCUCAGCCAGACUGAAAAACAAAAUGGACGUUCAUCCACCACACCUGUUUGCCUGCUCCAACAAAACUGGCCAGUUUGUUAUUGAAGAGGUGCCUGGGGAGAUGACACAAGAAGAUCUGGUCCCAGAUGAUGUCAUGCUCUUGGACACCUGGGAACAGAUCUUUGUUUGGAUCGGAGGUGAAGCUCAUGAGGAGGAGAAGACAGAGGGUAUAGCCUCAGCUGUUCGUUACAUAGAGACAGACCCUACCAAGCGGGACGGCAGUACGCCCAUAGUGAAGUUAAAGCAAGGUCAUGAGCCUCCCACGUUCACUGGCUGGUUCUUGGGCUGGGACCAUGGGUACUGGAGCAGUGAUCCCCUUGAACAGACCAUGGCUGGUCUGCAUGUCUGAACCACUCCAGGGUGAGGUUUCCCCUAGUGGCAACUUCACCCAAAGCCUUUUACCUUUGACUCAUUUGUGCAAUA